UCGCGCUGCUGACGUCACCCACGCAGAGCAAGAAACGUCAUGAGCGUCUUACUGCCCAACAUGGCGGACUUUGAUACCAUUUAUGAGUUAGAAGAGGAAGAGGAGCGGAUAGUGAGUGAGGAGCACCUCGCCAGAUACUGCCCCGAGCCCGUGGUGAUGCGGGGGGCCGGACACAUCACCGUAUUUGGACUCAGCAACAAAUUUGACACUGAAUUCCCCUCUGUUCUCACAGGAAAGGUUGCACCAGAGGAGUUUAAGACAAGUAUCAGCCGAGUAAACGCUUGCCUGAAGAAGAACCUUCCUAUCAAUGUGAAGUGGUUACUCUGUGGCUGCCUGUGCUGUUGCUGUACUGUGGGCUGCAGUCUAUGGCCCGUCAUAUGCCUCAACAAGAGGACGAGAAGAUCCAUUCAGAAAUUGUUAGAAUGGGAAAACAACAGACUAUAUCACAAGCUGGGACUGCACUGGAAACUCAGCAAAAGAAAAUGUGAGAGUAAUAACAUGAUGGAAUAUGUGAUUCUUAUAGAAUUCUUACCCAAAUAUCCUAUAUUCAGACCCGACUGAGAGGACUGUUGGGGGGAUGCAGGUGAAUGGCUCCUCACUCCUCUCCUUAGUGCCUUGUAUAUAUGUUGGAUUGAGGGUCGUCACAGGUGUCUCAGAAUGAGCCCCUCCUUCUCCCAGUAUCCUGUACAGUAGAAUUCGCAACACUGUCACUUUGCUUUAGAGCAGAUUUUGCACAUUUCCUGAUGUAGUAGAAAAGCUCCUGUGAAACGCACUCGGAUGUUUUUGUUACAUAAAAAGAAAAGAAAAAAAAAAACAUAUAAAAAACGAUGAUACUGUUUAAAAGUGCAUUUACCCCAAAGAGCCACCUGUCCUCCCACCUCCCACUUUUGGUGAUAAUGUUAAAAUCAAAGCACCCUUGGGUGUGUAUUUGCCUUAUGUUAAAUGUCAAAAGUUUGUUUGAAUUCUUUUUUUUUCUUUUUUUUUUAUCGGAGGUGCAUGUGCGGGGUACAGUAAUGCAGAAAUGCGUAGAGCGUUUUAUAGUCACACCUUUUUUGCAGCUAAUGAAUGGAUUGGGUAGGAUGUUUUAAAGUAGCUGAAAUAUUUGUCAGCAUGGUGUUUGUUUGGUUUUCUUCUCCCUGCGAUUGAUUGCCCUUUUUACAGGGGCGAGGUUUAAAAUAUCAGUUUUGGACAAGAUGUACAGUGUGGUAUGCCAUGUUUACAUGAUGUAAUUUAGCCGGUGAUUUAGUUUUCCGCCAAUAUAUUAUUGUAACAUAGAUUGUUUAUGAACCGCGUCUCUGUAACUUUCCAGUUUAUAUGGACCCGUUUACCUAGUAAGCCAUAAAACGUAUGUACUACAUGCCAGUCGAGUUAGGGCUGAAAAUUGCACUUGAGCACAUGUGGACAUCAGGCUUUCGGUUGAUUGUCCAUGAGGUUUAUUUUUCUUUUUUUUAGUAUGUAUUUUUUUUAUGUUGUGUUUAUUAAAAGAUCAGAAUUGGUGUUUUAAAAAUCAUUUGCCAAUUACAAUUUGUCAAACAUUUUGUCAUUUAUUUCAAUGUGAAAUUUAUCAGUUGUAUUUAUAUUGCAAACAUUAUUUCAAACCCUUUAUCUCCUCCUUUCCUUUUGCUCUGUUACUUUUAAAAACGUAGCUUUAUGGUCAGAUUAGUGUUUAAUUUUUUGUAGCUGAGGUCCAUUGUUACAGCAAGGUCGACUUCACGAUCGUGUUUGUCUCCUGCCCUGUGCGUCCCGAUCAUCUGCCGUUUAGGUUGGUGCACAUGGUUCCGUUCCAGCCCCUGUUCUUUUUAUUGUUUUGUUCUUGUUCUGUUAGUUUUGUUUUUGUUUUGUUUUAGUUUUUUCCUCCUAACUCGUAGUCAGCCUGCUGCAUUAGAGUGCCUCUGGAACGGUGGAUGAGGUUCGGACAGAGCUGUGCUUGAGGAACGUGUAUUCUUUGCCUAAUCAUAUGGAAACAGAGAAAUCCUCUCUCUGUAUUGGUCCUACUACAGAGUACCUGUACAUGUUUGUCUUUACCUAAUUCUAUGGAAAGCAUAAAUAAAUUCUUGAUUAUUAAUUA